UUUGGAGAGCGGAGCGCGCGGCGCGCGGUGUGCGGCGCGGCGCCGGAGCCUGAACGCAUCAGAUGAGCCAGAAACUCUCCCGGACUUCACCUGUAGCGCUCGUGCUCGUCUCGGGACCGCUGGGCACGGCUCUUAGAUGACACCGCCCCGCCCCCGCACAGAGUCGCUCUCCGUCGGACAAGUGGCCCGUGAGUCUGCGGCGCGCGACGGGAACCCGACCCCCCACCAUGUCGGACAACUUCACCGACCCCAACAACCACACGCUGCCGCAGCCCGCCGCCUCAGCCGGCUACAACUUCCCGGCGCUGAUCUUCGGAGUGCUGCUGAUCGUGGUCAUCGCCGGCGGGAACGUGCUCGUGUGCCUGAGCGUGUACCUGGAGAAGGCCCUGAAGACCACCACCAACUACUUCAUCGUCAGCCUGGCCUUCGCCGACCUGCUGCUGGCGGUGCUGGUGCUGCCGUUGUUUGUUUACGCAGAGUUUCAGGGGGGAGUUUGGUCCUUGAACAUGCUGGUGUGUGACGGCCUGAUGACCAUGGAUGUGAUGCUGUGCACCGCGUCCAUAUUCAACCUCUGUGCCAUCAGCGUGGACAGGUUCAUUGCCGUGUCCAUCCCGCUGAACUACAACCGUAAGCAUGUGGACCAGCGGCAGGUGGUGCUGCUGUCGGCCACCUGGCUGCUGGCGCUCGCCGUGGCCUCGCCCGUCAUCUUCGGCAUCAACGACGUGCCGGACCGCGACCCCGGCGAGUGCAAGCUGGAGGACAACAACUACGUGGUCUACUCCUCCGUCUGCUCCUUCUUCAUCCCGUGCCCCAUCAUGGUCCUGCUCUACUUCGGGGUUUUCCGCGGGCUGCGCAGUUGGGAGGAGUCGCGCAAGCUCAAGCUGCGCAGCAGCAUCGACGCCUGCAGGAAGCUGCAGCACGCCGCCGUCGCCGCCGCCUUCCCCCCGCUGGCCGGCACCAUCCCCGGGCCGCUGCCCAUGCCGCUGCCCAGGAUCAUCGAGCGGGACCUGGCCCAGUGCCGGCUGGACGACACGGGCGACAACAUGCAGCGGCAGAUCCCCUACCCCCGGCAGUACCGGGAGAACUCGGUGCCCACGGUGACCUUCAGCCAGCAGCUGCACCGCAAGAAGAGAGCCAAGAUCAACAGCCGCGAGCGGAAAGCCAUGCAGGUGCUGCCGGUCGUCGUAGGCUGCUUCCUGUUCUGCUGGACUCCGUUCUUCGUGGUGCACACGACGAGGGCCGUCUGCGUAACCUGCGACAUCCCCCCCGCCCUGAUGAGCACCGUCACCUGGCUGGGCUACGUCAACAGCGCUCUCAACCCCGUCAUCUACACCAUCUUCAACACCGAGUUCAGGAAGUUCUUCAAGAAAUGUUUCCGCAGUUGCUGCUGACGCCCACCGGGGGGCUCCCCUCUCGGGAUGAACUGUCUGCGAUAUAACGCUGUAAAUGACACGCCGUUUGGUGAAGUUCCAUCUCGACCCUCCGGGGCACUCGGUGCCCCGAACAGAUAAGACGAUGUCGCGGAGGAAGAGAUGAACUCUUUCCUGGUGGAGCUCUGGUCCGACUCAGGAGGUCGAAUGAGCGCCGACCGGCCGGAACGUUACAGACGAGCUGAAAGAAGCAAAACUCUUUGAUCUCUUUCUUAUUUACGCUGAAAGGAAAAGUUUAACAUUUUGGGGAAAAACUUUUACCGUGCUGAUCUUUACAUUCACUCUCUAUGCUAAAUGUGAAGCUACAGCGGGUUAGCUUAGCACGAACGCUACAGCUAGCCUAGCUCCGUCCGAUAACAGAUAAUCCGAUGUUUAACCGAUAAAACAUCCGGUUUUUAACCGAUAAAACAUCAGUUUUUUAACCGAUAAAACAUCCGGUGUUUAACCGAUAAAACAUCCGUUUUUUAACCGAUAAAACAUCCGUUUUUUAACCGAUAAAACAUCCGGUGUUUAACCGAUAAAACAUCCGAUGUUUACCCGAUAAAACAUCCGGUGUUUUACGUGUUCAUCCGGGUCACCUCGGCCCUUUAAGUCAUUUUAACAACAAAACAAACUCAUCAACACAACGUAAAGUAGCUAAUUGCCUUAAAGUUCAGACGAUGUUUUGUGUUUCUGACUUUGAGUUCAUGAGAUUUUCACAUUCACACAAAAUGUCAAAAACACUCGAGACUUCUUUUCUUUUCUCUCUUCAGACUGACGGGAUUUGAUCAAGUGGUGAGAAGAUGACACAGACGAGUUAUAAAUAAAUCACACGGGGCGGGAGGAGAGGGCGGCCAUCUUUAAAUAACUGCAGAACGUUUAUUUAUCUUUGAUUAUAUUACUGCCACCAAGACGAAUACAUACUGUAUAUGCAUUUAAUUAAACAUAUAUAUUGUUUAAACAACAUUUUCCAUGGUAGAUUUCUUUCAUUUUAUUGCCACAAAAAAAAAAAGAAGAAGAAAAAAAAACAUCCUGUCAAAAAACAUUAUAUGCCAAAUCAUUUAAAUAGUAAAUAUACCGUGUUGACGCGUUAAAUGUGUGGGAGACCGUCAGCCUGUCAACAACCACUUAAAUUAAUGUAAAAAAAUAUAAUAUAUCGCCAUUAUCACGGAGAGAAGCCCCUCCCCUUUUUCGAGGCGAUCUAACGUGUGUGUGCGGCAUCGAGAAAAUAUUUCAGUCGUUUCGGCAAGGACCGGCUUCUCAUUGGCGGAUGAAACGUGAAUCUUGGGUCGCAAAAAUGUGCGCUCGUUGGCCAAUGACAUCGUUUUAUUAUUUCACGUGACUGGACUAUUCGGCCAAUCAGAGACCGGCGUUCCCUCAGCCAGAGAGCUCCACGGAGCUACAGAGCAGGUAGCUAACGGAGCUGUCAGCUGGAGGCUCAGUGAGUAAUGCACUGUUUAAUUUCCCCUGUCUGUUGUUCCAAAGGGACUGAAACCCUCUGGACUACAACGGGGGGAGGGGUCUAAAGAGCUGCAGACAAGUGUAAAGCACGAAUUUUGCCGCAGUCAUCUAGCUAAGAGCAUGGAGCUAACUCGCUAACAACAUGAAGCUAACCCUGUUUACAGUCAGGAGAAGGAGACCGAACUGGCAUCGAAAACACAACGAAGAAGUUCUGAAAAACAGACACAUUCCCUCCAGAAUAAUGAAACAGGCUGGUUACAGACAUGAUGGACUUUAACCAGAGAGUAAAGUGACCACUUUAAAGAGAGGAGCUACUUGUCUUUACAGUAGUGGGUCUGCUCUGUCACCCAAUGUAACAUGUGAUCUCUUUCUGACUCUAUUCUGCUCUGAACCUCUUUCAUGUGAGGGUGAAACUCUUUUAUUUUGCAAACCUCUGAAACCCAACCCAAUGUUUCUUAAAGCUGCUCUGAACCUCUCAUGCCCAAAGUUACAGUGUGUUGAUAGUUGUUAUUGGACCGUGUUGAGCACGCUGUGUUCUUGAAAUAAAGCUUUGUUUUUUU